ACCACCAGGAUAAACCGCUUAGUUGAAAAAAACCGACGUUGGAGUCACUUCAGCUGCCCCAGCUACACCGACUGCUCCGCCGGCCUCCAUUUUGGUUCCAAAGCCGAGCUGCGUCUCACGUGUCCAGGGCUGUCUCCUCUCACAUGACCCGAGUGUUUGUCCCCGUGAUCAAGCACUUCCAUCUCCAUCCGUCGCACUGAAGAUCCCCCCUCCCCACAGUUUUUUUUUUUUUUUUAAAUUCCGACCCUGAUGGAUAUUCUCGAACAGAGUCUGGACAACGCCAGCCAAGAUAAACAAGACGAGGAGGUACAAGCAUCUGACAACGGAACCGGAGACGAGCAGACAGGUGUCACCAUACAGCAGGCCGCCACAUUUGGGGAUCACAACAUCGAGUACCAGUUAAGCACUGACGGGGGACAGGUGACUUAUCGUGUGGUCCAGGUCACUGAACAGAACCUUGAGGGACGCGACGACGUUGGCGGGGCGGUGGGUGUCGUCUCUGCUGCGUCCUUCAGCAGCGCUCCUCAGGCUGUUGCUCAGGCGGUGAUCCAGAACCCUUUCAGUAAUGGAGGAAGCCCGGCCGGGCAGUCAGCAAGUGGGGAAGCGCGCUUCGCCUACUUCCCCGCAGCGGCGGUGAGCGACGGCUCCGUGUCUGUGCAGGCCGGCGCCACCUCCGAGCCCACGCUCACGCAGGCGGGAGGCCAGUUCUACGUGAUGAUGACCCCUCCUGAUGCCAUUCAGAUCGGCACCACGCGAAGUAUUGCCCCACGCACGCAACCCUUCCCAGCAGAUGAAAACGAGACGCUGCGGCAAGAAGGUUUAAACUGGAAAAUGGACGGGCCCCGAACACCGCGAGAUGAAAGGAGGAGAGCGCAGCAUAAUGAAGUUGAGAGGCGGCGAAGGGACAAAAUCAACAACUGGAUUGUGACGCUCUCCAAAAUCAUCCCUGACUGCAACAUGGACAGCACCAAAACUGGAGCAAGUAAAGGUGGCAUCCUGUCCAAAGCAUGCGACUACAUCCGUGAGCUGAGGCAGGGCAACCAGCGGCUGCAGGAGAGCCUGAAGGAGGUGGAGAGGAUCCAGGUGGACAAUGAGCUGUGCAGGCAGCAGAUUGAGGAACUGAAGAACGAGAACGCCUCGCUGAGAGCGCAGCUCCGGCAGCACGGCAUCGAGAUGGUGGGGGAGACGUCGCCGCAGUAGUGAUGAAGGAGCCGCCGCCACUGCGCCACUUUCGGAAAACAAAGCAAGGACUUGUGAAGAAUCACAUGGAGCCAACCCGCCUCCUAAAAGCCUCACUUGGGCCGCGCUCGACUCUUCCUUCGUGGAGGCGUCCGCACCCUCCCGCGGAACUACGCCUCGCUCAAGGACGAUAACAUUUAAUUUCAUUACGUCUGCCCUCUCCUCCCCACAACCUACCCGGAUGAUGAUCAUCAUUAUCGUUACUUUGGACUAUUACUUGCCGCUUUCUGACUUCUUAAAUAAUGUUUUCUUUUAGCUGCUCUAAUUUAUGAGUCUCCUUGCUGACAGACUGUGGAACAGAGCGCAGUCAUACGGGCGAGACUCCAAAAGAGCCAACCUCAGUCAGUCGCUAGCUUUGGCGCAAGUCUAUUUUUUGGCGGCAGGGGCAUCCAGUGCGCAUUUGUGAUACUCGACCAGGGGCAGGAUGGGAUUACUUGAAAUGUUGGGCAUUUUGCAGAAAAGUCCCACUGUGGCCGACACACUAAGAAAAUGAGACGUAAGCAUAGGAAGUGUGCCGACGGCGGCCCCUCCCCCCGCCUACCAUGUCUCUAAAGACUUGCAAGCCAUCUCGCCUUCAUUCAGAAGUUAACUAAUGUUUAAUUUUUUAUUUUUUUACCCGUGUGAUUGAAAAUAACAGCAUGUCGAUGAGAUUUUUUUUUUUGGAAACAUCUUUACUGAUCUCUUCUCAUCACUCCGUAAGGCCCCUGAGCCCACGCUGGAAUGAUGGAUGCUUUCUGCCGCAGCAGAAUGUGAAGUCGAGGCAAAUAAUGCAAAUGCACAGACAUGGGCUAAUUUGCUAAUCAUCAAAAGGUCAUAUCGUGGCAGAUUCUCCAUCCCGCAUCUCCUUCCCAUCAACAUCUUCUUUUGAAAUGGUAAAUGAAGAAGACAAACCCAAUCCGCCCCUCUCUGUAGCAGCCUCAAUGUCUCUCAGGUUAGAUUGCAAGACAUCUUUUCUAUCUACAAAUGGUCACAAAUAAACUAGCUAUGAUCCUCAA